UGAACAACUAUAAAUAUAUGAGAAUGCAUAAACGGGGUUGGUGACGAUGAGAACUAUUGAGAAGUGUAUUGUGAACUCAAACCACUAAAUGGAGAAGGUUGACCAAAAAAUACAUUGUAUAACGAACAAAGUAGUGGAUGUGAAUUAAACAACAUACCCAUCAUCAGUGUAAAAGACAUUGUUGUAUCAUGUAUGAGUGUGACCCAUAUGCUGACGAAAGAAUGUACUAUUAAAACCAUAUAUAAUCUUACUGGUUAAUGUUAUUAUUUAAGUAAAUUACCAUAAACGAGAAAAGAAGAAGAAUGCCAAUAUCUAAAGAAAAGACACGAGAAUGUUACAAAAGUGCAAAGUGUUCUAACAAGAAAAAUAAUUUGUGUGGUGUCCAAUGUCCAUCAUUUAUGAAUAAAUAAAUAAACCAUAAACGAAAAAAAAAAUCUAAAGAAAAACCAAAAGUAGAAAAAGAUGCAACUGUGGAAGCAUGCAUGUGUUAUAAGUGUUUAUUCCAGUAUUCGAAUUUUUUUCGAAGUGUAUUAUAUUAUGAUAAAUUCUACAAUUAUGAUAAUAGAGAGUGACAUAUUUUUAUUUUAUAGUAUAUAAACCCUCAAAGGUGAGCCUAUUGAGUCAUGCAAUUUACAAAGCUUCCUUAAUAAAACACACACACAGAUUCUUAGGGAUACAACAGCUGCCAGUACCUUUCGAGAUGGAAUUUGGCAACGGCACCGGCAACGGCACCGGCAACUGCGGCAUUCGGAAUGGUAACGGCAUCGGCAACGGCAAUGGCAAUGGUAACGUUAAUGGUAACGAAAAAGUUAAAGGAGCAAAUGUGAUAAAGAUGAAACCAAUGGACAGUGAAUUGCUGAGAGAGCAAGGUCACAUAAUGGUUGAUUUUAUUGCUGACUAUUACAGAGACCUUCAAGACUCGCCUCAAGAUUUCCCUGUUCUUUCCCAAGUUCAGCCUGGUUACCUCCGUGACAUGUUGCCUAAUUCAGCACCUGACCAACCUGAAUCGUUGAAUGAACUUCUCGACGACGUUACGAAAAAGAUAAUGCCGGGAAUAACUCACUGGCAAAGCCCGAGUUACUUUGCUUACUAUGCAUCAAGCACGAGUGUGGCCGGAUUCUUGGGAGAGAUGCUCAACGCCGGCCUGAGCGUCGUUGGUUUCACCUGGCAAACUUCCCCGGCCGCUACUGAGCUCGAAAUCAUCGUUCUUGAUUGGCUUGCUAAAUUGCUACAACUCCCCGACCAUUUUCUCUCCACAGGACAUGGAGGAGGAGUGAUCCAAGGGACAGGAUGUGAAGCAGUACUUGUCGUAGUAUUAGCUGCUAGAGACAGAAUUUUAAAGCAAGUUGGCAAAACAGUACUUCCACAACUUGUUGUCUAUGCCUCUGAUCAAACCCAUUCUAGUUUCCGAAAGGCUUGUCUGAUUGGUGGAAUACAUGAAGAAAACAUUAGGCUACUCAAAACUGAUUCGNUUAUCACGAGCCUGUUUCGCAUAAGGACACCAAGGUAUUAUUAG